UGAUCUUCUAUUUACUCUCACAACCCCGCGCCUACUCUUACUUCUGUCAUGGCUCUCGUCGUCCUGCUCCUAACUCAUCUCCUGCACUUGGCCCAAGACUCUCAUGGCUUUAAUAUUGAUGUUCAGCAGCCACAGAUGUUUCGCCAGAAUGGCAGUGAGCAGUUUGGAUACAGAGUGCGGCAGUUUGGCUCCAAUGAUGAAAAAUGGAUUAUUGUCAGCGCCCCCCACAAGAAGCAGAGCCCCAAUGACAGAGCUGGAGGAAUCUUCAAGUGUAUGAAUGGGACAGCAGAGUGUCAGUCCAUAAAAAACCCAGGGUCUGAACAGAAUCUGCCAGUAGGCCUGUCCCUUUCUACUAGAGACUCGUCACUGCUCACAACCUGCAGCCCUGUGUUGGCCCACGAGUGUGACAAGAACAUGUACUACAAUGGAAUCUGUUACACCUACGACAAGGGGCUCAAUCUCAUAGAAAAGGACACGGUUACACCCCUUUACCAAGAAUGCACCAAACGCAACAUUGACCUUGUAUUUCUGUUUGAUGGCUCUGAAAGUCUUAAGGGUGAUGAUUUCAUAAACAACAAGAAUUUCAUCAUUGACAUCAUGAAGAACUUGACCAACACUUCCAUACAGUUUGCUGCAGUGCAGUUCUCUUCAGAUGUUCGCACAGAGUUCAAUUUUUCCAGCUAUCAGGCAAUUAGAGACCCAGAGAAACUCCUGGCCAAUGUGCAGCAUAUGAAGCAGUUGACCAACACACAUAAAGCCUUGGAUUACACAAUUGGAAAUCUGCUGUACAACACCCAAUAUGGAGCAAAAGAGAAUGCGACCAAAGUGCUGCUGAUCAUCACAGACGGGGACCCCACUGACUAUGAUGAUGAUUACAAUAAUGUGACCAAACGUCUGGAUGAAAAACACAUCAUCAGAUAUGUCAUUGGGAUUGGGAACGUGAAGAUCGAAAAUCUGAAGAGCCUGGCUUCUGAACCCAGAGGCAACAACACCUUCUACAUUGACAACUACAAAGGGCUCAAAGGUAUCCUGGACAACCUGCAGGCUAAAAUCUACAGCAUGGAAGGUGAGAAGAAUGCAUACAGCAGGUCCUUUGUAAACGAGAUGUCGCAGAGCGGGUUCAGCGUGGCCUAUUCUGAGGACCACCUGUUUCUGGGAGCUGUUGGGACCUCAGACUGGGCGGGCUCAGUUCUAGAGAUGAAGCCUGGUGGGAAAACUACAAUCGUGCUUCCCAUGGCCCCUGAAAAGGACACCUACCUUGGAUACUCCAUAGCCGUAGGCCAUCUUGGGAAGGCCUCCCUGGUCAUAGCUGGUGCUCCAAGACACAAACACAAAGGCAGGGUGGACAUCUUCUACAAUUCUGGGGAACUCUGGGAGAAAGUGCAGAAUCUUACUGGAGAUCAGAUCGGCUCAUACUUUGGAGGUGAAGUGUGCGCAGUGGAUGUGAACAGUGACGGCGUCACCGACAUACUGCUAGUGGGAGCGCCACAGUACUACAAGCCUAAAACAGAAGGCAUGGUCUAUGUGUACCGCUUGGGAGAGGCGGCCACCGCUACACUUCUUUUCAACGUGAGCGGAGAAACUGGGUUACAGUCGGCCCGUUUUGGUUCGUCCAUCUCCACGAUCCAGGAUCUCAAUGAGGACGGACUGACGGACAUCGCCAUUGGUGCCCCGCUAGAGGAUGACAACAGAGGCAGCGUGUAUAUUUUCCAUGGAUCAGCAAAAGGCAUGAACUCCAGGUACUCACAGCGAAUCGAGGGACGUUUUCUGUCCCCAGACCUACAGUUCUUUGGACAGUCGAUUCACGGAGCGAUGGACAUCAAUGGAGACGAGCUCACUGAUAUUGCUGUGGGAUCCCUCGGCACAGUCGUUUUGCUCAGUUCCAGGCCAGUCUUGAAUGUCACGGCUAAAAUCCUCUUCGAACCCAGUGAGAUCUCGAUCAGCGGCUUUGACUGCCUCUCCGAAGGCAAGGAGGAAUCUGUGGGGAACGUGACUGUUUGCUUCAGGGUGUGUCGAGCAAACGGAGAGAAUUCAAACAACGCUAUCAAUAUCUCCUACUGGCUGGAGCUGGACAGUUUUCGUCUGCGCAGCAGAGCUUUCUUUGGGAACAACAAAAGGCUGCUACUUGAAGUGACAGAGAAGUCUAUAGGAGAACACUGUUUUCCAUAUGAUGUCCAGAUGCCAAAAUGCGUGGAGGACACUUACUCACCUGUCAAAAUUAAGUUGAACUUCACUCAGAAUGAGCUUCUCAACACGGAUGGUCGUCUGACGGCGAUCCUGAAUCAAGCAAGUGAGACCACAGUGCUAAGCGAGGUUGCAUUCGAGAAGAGCUGCGGGAAGAACAUCACUUGCAUUGCAGACUUGCAGCUGAGUGCCAGCUUCUCCAAUGUGCGCUCUCUGAUCGUGGGGAGUCAGCGUCGCCUGAAUGUGACAGUCCGGCUGGAGAACGUCGGUGAUGAUUCCUACAACACCACCCUCUCCUUCUUCUACCCGCCAGCGCUGUCCUUCGCUAAGAAUGAGCUAAUCCAGUUCAAUAGGAAAGCCACUGCCAGCUGUCAUGACGGGAGAGACAUUGAAAACGGUGGGCGGACCAUAUGCAAAGUCAGCCCCCCGAUAUUCCCUGGUAAGACAAUGGCCGUGUACCUCAACAUGUUUGACAUCAACUUUGACAGCGCAUGGAAUGAAACGAUAGAAAUGAACAUCCGAGUAGCAAGUGGCAACAGGAACGCGUCUGCUGGAAACACGUCUGUGACGAUAAGCCUUCCCAUUCAGUUUGCUAUCAACGUGAUGAUCAGGGGUGAAGAGUCUACCACGUUCAUGAACUUCUCCGCAAAUGUGCAGGAGAAGAAGAUUCUCACCCACAAGUAUCAGGUGAAGAACAUCGGGCAAUAUGCUCUCCCCGUCAACAUCACCUUCUACCUGCCCGCUGAGUUCAGUCAGACCUUCACAUGGAACUCGGGCGAGCCUUUCACGAAGAAUGCAAACUGUUCCCAAAAGAAAGUUGAGAAGAAAACAGACGAGUUGAAACAGGAAUGUCCUGCAGCCCGAUGUAUCGUGUACCACUGCGAAAUCAAAUCUCUCAACCAAUCAACACCUGUCUACUUCACAUUUGAAGGGGAGGCGUAUUUUAACAUGUCAGCACACCCAAAGAAACUGGGCUUUUCAUCUGAGACCAAGAAUGUGAUGGUUCAGAGCAAGGCCUAUCUCACGUAUGACCAGAGCCUUUAUGUUCAGUUUGGGACGGAGGAUUCCAAAAGACAGGGUCGCUACCACACCGCUGAGAUCUUGACGCAUGUAGACCUGACCAUUGAGCUGAACCUGCCUUUUGUUUAUGGUGUGGGAGUUGGUGGCGGUCUUCUGUGUCUAAUACUUUUCAUCGUUGUUUUCUAUAAGUUUGGCUUUUUCAAGCGUAAGAAAUUUGAUGAAAAUGAGCAAAGCGAUGAUAUGGAUUUUGAAGCGGAAUUGGACCAAAAGAGCACCGUGCCCACCAAGGAUAUGCAAAAAAAUGAAGUGGGUGAUGGAAAAGAGACAGAAAAAGAUCCACUCAAUGGUGAAUAGUUGACAGCUACAACAAUAGGAGGGGAACCGGGGCUUGGCUGGAGGAGACUGGCUGGAGGUUCUUCAAGAAGGACUCUGGCCUACACUGGAGAUUACACCAGUUGUAUUCUUUGGACACAACCACUUCAAAUGGCAAUCGAAUCAUGUGAACUAUCAGACUAGAGCGGACACUAGUGGAUCUCAGAUUGUGGCCAGAAAAUUAAUGACUUGUCCACACUGUCCAAGCUAGAUAAUAUUACCAGAUAACGUCCUUCAAUUGGGAAUUUCUGCACAUCUGAAGAAUGUGUCAUUGAUGUAAAUAAUUUUCAUGACUAAUAUGUAGACCAACAGCUAUUUUUCAUUUAUUUAUUUUAAAAUCGAUUAAAAAAAAUGCUUUUUUAGUUGCAUGGACUAAGAAGGUGCAUGUUGUAUUCAAGCUCCCGGAUAAACCUCAAUGCAAAAAAAUUGGUGACGCGAUCCGACACACAGAGCUGUACGGUGAGGGUACAAAAAUUGGUGGCCUGUCCCUCCACUUAUUGUUCUGAAACUAAACUUGAGAAGUCAAAGUUAUUAGCAAUUGUGGAGCAAUAGCCAUAAUUACUAUAAAUGUUAAUGUAAAUGUAUUCCGCACUUAUCAAGUGGUUUUAUUUCACUGCUGCCUCUUUCCUGAUUUCCACAGGACUGCCGUGAACGUACAUUUGUGAGUCAAGCAAACCUUAAUCAGUGAAUGCCCUUUCUACAGCACCGCUGUUACAAAUUAAAUACAAUACAAGAAUACAACAUGGCUGUGAGAGACUCUCUGGCUACUCGUAUAAUUAUCUAAUGCUCCAGCUCUCGUGAGACAUUCUUAACAAGAUAACGCUACAGAUGGCAGGCCGAAGGGGUAAUUUGCUGUGAUUUAGUACAAAUAUUUUGAACUAAUGAAUCAUUGUGACGUCUGGCAUUUCAGCUGAUAAUUACAAUUUGAGCCGAAGUAGGCAAAGUCAAGCUAAUGACACAGCAACAUCGCUUUACUUUAAAUUACACUUCUCAUUGGUGUUUGAACAUUAUUAAAAAUUUUAUAAUCAGUCCAGUUCUUUAGAGAAAGUGUUUUUAAGGGUAAUCUAAAAUUAAAAUGAACUCACGUCAGAUUCCCUGCAUUCUAAAGCAUGUCUAGAUUUCACGAAACCCACUGAAUGUCGUUAUUGACAAUUCAGUCCACCACGAAAAAAAUCAUGACGACUGCAGAGAUAUAAUGACAAAGAAAUAAAGGAAAUACACCGUUAAAUCUGGGGACAUUUUUAGUGAAAUUGGAAAUACACUUGUCGGAAAAAUCUGUUUAUUUUAUGCUUUGAUCUUUUUAUUAAAGAAACUCACAAUCCUGCCGACUACACCUUUUUUUUUCUCCUAAACAGAACAUAAAGGAUUCAUGUCUUCUUUUUUGGUCUUGGUUGAGUAGUUUUUUCAUAGUUUUGGAAUUUAAAUACAUUUAUUUCUUGCUUAUUUUUGUUAAUGUUAUGGCAGUUACAUCAUCUUAAUGCCGUUUUCUAUGCUGUUUUUGUGGUUGGUCGGCACCAUUUUGUGGCUGCUAUGCCUGUCACAGGACGUCAUGUGACAAUGUCAGUCAUCUUGCCCCACCAGUAAACAAUGGCGACACACAGCUUCAGGUAUCCUAGAAUCGGAUCUUUGUUACAACAAGCGUCAGCUGCUAGAAAUAAUAAGGGACUGCGGUCGUUAAGUUAGCGGGAGGACUUUUCAUUUCAUUUUGUUUAUUCGUUGGCUCAUUUGAUUUUGAUUUAUUAGGCUAUUAUUUUGUAUGCCACCUUUUCAUCUAUCCAUCUUUUUUGGCUUCCAAAAUUUUCCAGAAUGCCUGUACGAGUGUUUGGAGUGCUUAGAGUGUCCCAAUGCUUCUGUUUGUGUUAAGGGGAAAUUUCGCACAAACAUUUGGAAGGUUUUUCUUCACACAGAGAGCCACUUGGAAUACGUGACCACGUAGUGUGACGGACAGCAGGACUUGUGGGACCAGCAAAACGCGACUUGAUGUUAUUUUGGAAAAAUUAAGUGGACAGGAUUGGUAAGCUUUUGUGGGUUGGAAUGGCCUGUUCUGAAUAUUCUAAUUCAGCAGGGAAGUUUACUUUUCGAUAAGCUACGUGACGCAUGUAAAUACUGCGUGUUAGAAAGACCAAAUGGAAUGUGCAACAACAGAUCUGAAUAGCUUUUUUUUAAAAAUAAUUUUAAUGUUUGUAAAGUUUUAUGCACUUUUAAAGGUCAUGGAAAGUUGAAAGGGGAACUGAAGGUCCCAAGAUCUCAAAAUAAAGUUCUACAGAUUCUGGGAUUUUUUUGUAGUAACUAUUGUUUAUUUGCUGUGACCAGUAGUUCAUUUUUAUUAUGUAAUAUCAAAUGAAACUGAAUAAUUUCCAUUUGAAACUGUCACCAUAGUCCAGCGUGGUUUGAACGUUUUAUAAACCUCGAGAUGCUCUUUAAUGAGCUCCACAGCUCGCAUUGCAGAGACGCGCGGAAUGUCACAGAGUUCCCAGAACUGAAACCCACUAGGACUUCACAGCUUUCAACAAUAAUCCUUGUUUUCCUCUUAAAAUAAAACAUAAAUAUAUUUAUAUAUGUUACAUAGUUUACUGUCAAAUAAUGCAACACG